GGGCGUGAUGGUCUUUCCGAUAAAUUAUUAUUAGCUUUGCAACUAAACCAUUUCAAUAUGCUGGAAGGUGAAAACGUAGAGUUAGUUGAUGAGAAAGAGGCACUAAAUGAUGAAACAAAUAUUGAUGAGAAUAGUGAAGAAAAAGAACGCACAAUUAAAAACCUUCGAAUAACACCUUCAACUCCCUCAGAACAGCGUGAUGAAUUUUUGCAGUUCAUAGCUCAAAAAGAACGUAAGGUCUUGGAACUCCGUGAAGAGUUGAAGCGUCACGAAGAAGAAUUACUAUUAUUAAAAAAACAAUGGCAAACCGUUGUAUCCAAAGACGUUGAUUCUGAAAGUAUUUCAUCUGCAUCCUCGAUAUUUUCGUUCCCUUCGAACACUUCUAUUAAUGGUGAAGAUGUGACAGGGUUUAUGAAUGGAUUAGGGAAAGGGAUUCAUAGUGUUAUUGAUGGGAUAAAUAAUUUGAAGGAGAAAGAAGCAACUCGAGAAAAGUUAUCACAGAUCAAAACGGCCGUUUCAGAAGUCGCAAAUCUUCGGCCGAUUCAACAAACUCGACAAAAAACCGUUGAUCUCACUUCUCAGGCUUGGUCCAACAUAAGCAAAGGGAUUUCUUCAUUGGUCGACUACGAAGCCAUUAAAGCUGCUCGUAAGAGAACUUACAGAACGGUUCCAACAUCUGAGACGUUGGAAACUCCAAAUAUUAAUACUGCAAUAUCACCUACAACAUCUCCAACUACAACAUCUCCGACCUCUCCAAUGUCAAAAGAUCUUAUUUGGUCAGCUAUAAACUCUGAAAAAAUUGAUAGUAAACAUAAACCACUAAAUGAUAAAGAUGACUCCAUCAAAGAAAAGAAUCUUGAUAACGAAAAUAUUGAUGGUAUACUAGCAGGAUCACCAAAAGAUGAAUUCGAAGAUCAAUUGGUUUAUGUUAUAGGUGAUGACUUUGGUGAUUAUGCAUAA